AGUGUCGUAACAGGUCAUUAAUUUUAAAUCUGAAAGCACCACUGAUAACUAAUUAUACGUUAGCCAAAACCUUAGUGUUAUGCGUCUCAAUGCCAGUGGGCUAAAAAAAGCUCAAAGAACUGAUUAAAAAUAGUUUGUAUAUGUAACUUUCUAUCAGUUGAAAAAAGAAAAAUGGAAAACUUAUUUUUAAGCACCGUGUUAGAGUUAUAUCGUGAAAACAAAUGGGAGGAAAUCUUGAAACUUAACGAACAUUCCGACGAUCCUACUGCUUUAAACUUAUUGUGGGUAUGGCCCAGUGAAAAGAAUUUAAAUUUUAUAAAAACAGUUUUAAACGAGUAUAAUUUAGACGGGAUUGUAUCGAUCGGGUGCGGAUGUGGACUAUUAGAAUGGAUUAUUAAUAAAUCCACAGGCUUCGAUGUCACUGGUUACGAAAUAAACAAAGCUUGGUGGGAAAGUAAAUACUCCAAUCCUAAAUUUAUAAAACUGAACUACCAGGAAGAGUCCCUGGAAGAAAACUGUCUGAAUUCUAACUACGCUUUGUUGUUUUGCUAUUUCAAUAACGGUCCAGCGUUUCUCGAAUAUAUUAAUACUUACGAAGGUAAUGUGGUGUUUAUAAUAGGACCGGGAAAAGGUAAAGGGAGACAUACAGACCCUGAGCCCUUUGGGGCAAAUUUCGGAAGUUUCAGGUGGCGGUUGUACGGGUACCAAGAAGUAAAAAAUAGCAAGGACUUUAUAGCUGUGUAUGUAAAAAAUAGCAUGUGAUAUUUCUUUAAAAUAAUUCAAAUAAUUAAAAUCUAAAAA